AUGAUGGAUCUGAGUGAUAAAGGAUCGGAGUGUGAAGAAAUGAGUAGCCAAACACCCACCCCAGAUAGGGUUUCAUCCGACGGCUCAAAUGUGAAGACUUGUGUCGACUGUGGCACCUCCAAAACCCCCCUCUGGAGAGGUGGCCCAGCUGGUCCCAAGUCACUGUGCAACGCAUGUGGGAUCAGAAGCCGGAAAAAGAGAAGGGCCCUAAUGGGCGUCACUAAUAAAGACGACAAGAAAAUCAAGAAAUCAUCGCCCAAGACCAACAGCGGCAGCAGCAGUUGUACCAGCAGCAACGGGGAUAGUACCUUCAAUAUCAGGGAUUCGUUUAACAGGAAAUUGUGGGCUUUCGGGUCGGACGUGGCGAUGCAGAGGCCGAGAUCCAACACUAAUCGGCGACGAAAACUGGGAGAGGAAGAACAAGCAGCGUUCCUCUUGAUGGCUUUGUCUUGUGGAUCAGUUUAUGCUUAG